GGAGGAGACCGGCGGGCCCGGGAGGAGAGGCGCGGAGGGGAGCGGAGCUAUGCUAAACCUGGGGUACCGCUGAGGCGGGGCGGCCAGGCCGGAGGCGGGAGAUCUCCGGCUCCCGAGGCGGCAGGAGGCAUUUAGGCGCGGGGAGCGGCUCCGCAGCCACCGGGCCAAUGAACAUGUCCGUGUUGACUUUGCAGGAAUACGAAUUCGAGAAGCAGUUCAACGAGCAUGAGGCCAUCCAGUGGAUGCAGGAGAACUGGAAGAAAUCUUUUCUAUUUUCAGCACUGUACGCUGCCUUCAUAUUUGGUGGUCGGCACCUAAUGAAUAAACGAGCAAAAUUUGAACUGAGGAAACCACUAGUGCUCUGGUCCCUGAGCCUGGCUGUCUUCAGUAUAUUCGGUGCUGUUCGAACUGCUCCUUACAUGCUGUACAUUUUGAUGACCAAAGGCCUGAAGCAGUCAGUGUGUGACCAGAGUUUUUACAUUGGACCUGUCAGCAAAUUCUGGGCAUAUGCAUUUGUGCUAAGCAAAGCACCUGAACUAGGAGAUACAAUAUUCAUUAUUCUUAGAAAACAGAAGCUCAUCUUCUUACACUGGUACCAUCACAUUACUGUGUUACUUUAUUCUUGGUAUUCCUACAAGGACAUGGUGGCUGGCGGUGGCUGGUUUAUGACCAUGAACUAUGGAGUGCACGCUGUUAUGUACUCUUACUAUGCCUUGCGGGCUGCUGGCUUCAGAGUCUCACGCAAGUUUGCCAUGUUCAUCACCUUGUCGCAGAUCACCCAGAUGUUGGUCGGCUGUGUAAUCAACUACCUGGUCUUCUCCUGGAUGCAGCAUGGCCAGUGCCAUUCCCAUGUGCAGAACAUCAUCUGGUCCUCUCUCAUGUACCUCAGCUACUUUGUGCUCUUCUGCCAUUUUUUCUUUGAGGCCUAUAUCGGCAAAACCACAAAAGCAAAGAAGGUUGACUAGUGGUGAGAAUGAGACAGAAGCCAUAGCUCAGGGUCAUCAAGAAAAACAAAAUUACAAGAAAAGAAAAUGGCACAAGGAAACACAUAUAUGUAUGGUGCAGCUAAACCUUGGCAGCUUAGGGAAAGUUAGCUUGGUUUAACCCAGUAAGUUUAUGAUCCUAUCAUGGUGAGGACUCACUGCAAUCUACUCUAACUCAAAGGACUGCUGAUGAAAGACUCCUUCCUUCUUGUACCUGCCUGCUCCAGAAAAGAAAGAAGAAAAGGAGAAACAGAAAAAAAGUGAGAAGAAAAGAGAAGAAGAACAGAAAGGAAUAAUACUGAGGGGAAAAAAUAAAGUACAUUAAAUGAACUGUGUUUCCCUGGGAUGAAAAGAAUUUUAUUGUGAAAAAAAGUUUCUAAAUUCUUUCUAAUAGUUUUUCAGCAUUAAACUUGAACAAAACAUUUACGUUAAUGGUAGGAUUGUGAAAUUAAAAUCUUUUCUGUAAAAGAUUUAGCCAAAAUGAAACCCAAGAGGAUGUCACAUACACCUAUGUGGAAAGCGGUUGAACUCCAUUGUGGUCAUGAAUGGCAGCGAGAAGAGAUUGAGUGCUCUGCUCUGUCCUGUGCCAAGGGAGUAGAGCUGGGAGGCAGGCACCUCUCUGGGGUGCAGGAAGGAGCAGGACUUGUACAAGAGCCUAAUGUGAAAAGAAGCGCUGUUGCAAUACAUAUCUCAGCAAGUGCAUUUUCCAAGUGCGCUUUUCAGCUAAAGGCAAGGAGUUUCUGUAGCAGGAUAAGACAUAGAGGGUUAAAUCAACCGAUAUAUGCUAAAUUACCAGGGGCUAAUAGCAGAUGAAUGUUCAGGAAGGAGAGGGAGGCAACUCCUGAAAAGAUUUUUAAGAAUUAUCCAUCAAUCUCAAAUUAACCCACAGCAACACGGAAUGGAAUGAGGGGAAAUGAGAAGCCACUCUAACCAGCGAGCGGUGAAACGACGCCUCUUCCCAUUGAUUCCCAAACUGUGUGUCAGGUGGACCCAGGAGGCGAGGCGAGGGGAAGAGGUGCGGGACCGGGCAGCGCUGGGUGGCUCUGUGCCUCUGCACGCACCUGCCAGGCUGGGUGAAGAUGUGCCAAGAGCCCUCCUCUGGUCACAUGGAGAUACUACUGCAAAACAUGCCUGGAAUAAGAUUUUCUUGGGAUUGGAUAGGAAAUUAGUUUGAGCGGAGUGAUUUUGCUGCAACAGCUUAGCUCUAAUGUCCAGAGAGAAUUGUUCUUCAUUAAACAUGUAUCUCUCUCUCUGCAGAGUCGGUACUGUAACACCAGACUGACCACUAAAGAAGACACUCUUCUCCGCAGUCGGCUACAGAAAUAAGGAAAAAUGUAUUUCACUCUGAACCUUAGAGAGCUAGUUGAUAACAGCCAUAUUCUCUCAAAGAUGAAUAGAUUGCAUUAUCUGUGAUAUUCCAGUCCUUACAAAGCCAAAUAAAAUGUGUAAAAGUUCCUAGUAUUUCAAAGAUGCAAGUAUGUAAACUUGAUGUUAAAUGUGUUAAUGUAGUACUCUAAAUUGUAUCAGUUAGGUAGCUUAACUAAACAAUUAGAAGAACUAGAUCAACAAAGUAGGGACUGCUGUUCUGCGUAGAAUACACACACCUAUAACUACACCCAUAUACACGUUCUGUGAAUUGUCAGCAAGAAAAAAGCCCAGCGGCAGAGAAUCACAUUUCCUGGCUAACGCAAAAGAUUGUCAUUAUCUUUCUUGUUUUAAUUUGAGAUUGUACAGUGCAAAGGGUUUGUUGUUUUUUGGUUUUUUUUUUAAUUUUGAUUUUUAGCUUUAAUUGUGCUGUCAUUCAUGAAACAGAGCUGCUUUAGUAUCCUGUUAAGAGAUGACAAGGGCUUUCGGUGUCUCAUUAUAUACAAAAGAAAAACAAAUAAAGUUACAUUCCAUGUUAUGUGAAUGGUCUUACAAAUCAAAAAGCCUCUGUAGGCUGAAAUCAUAAUUAUAACAAGCAGAAAAGAUGUUUACAUUUGUGUUAUUUAAGUUAUUGAUGUGCUGACGUUAUUUUAUGGUACACAUACAAACAGCAAAAUGUGAUAUCCAGCUAUGAUAUUCAUUAAUAGGACUACUGUGUACAUGGAAACAAUAGGCAAAACCAAUUAAAUGUGUAAACCAUUUUGUUUUACAGCCUGGGAGUAGAUAACUGUAAUGCUGAGUAAGCCUUUAUCCUCACGCUUAAUUUUUCCCUGGCUGAGAACCAGGUUAUGAAGACUGAGUAACCGGGAAAACCCAAAUUUCAAGUUUCAGGUUACCUACACCCUAGAUGGGAAGCAGAGGCCCCAUCAUGCCACGCAAGGAGCUGCAUGUAACCCCUGGUAGCUGGAGGACUGCAGGUAGAGGCUUAAAACCCUAAGAAGCUUUACAAGUAGGAAGUGAUACCGCAGCUAGGGGUAGACCUGAGGCCCAAGUUUUACACAGACAGAAAACAGGAUGGGUUGCUAACGAGUGUGCAAACAACCCACUGUGUUUUGUACACUGUGUUCCUUAGUUGCAUGAAGGGCGGGGGGGGGGGGGGGGAAAGCAUUCUGUGUGUGCCAGAUGGAAAUGCUGGCAAUGCUGACACUGAGUUGAACAGAGCAGGCAUUUUACCCCCAUUCCCUGAAAGCCCUCACAGGUGCUGUUUGCUCCCAAUCUGCCUGCAUCCCUGUGAGCUCUCAGGUUAGACCUGGAGAUGUCCCCAGCCAUCCCAAGGGCCAGGUCCCUCCUAUGCUGCCUGGUCAGCAGCUCCAGACCAGGGGCUGGCUUACAGGCCUCCUCCAGAUGCAGUACAGGUGUACCCCAGAUGUGCAGGGAAACCAGUGGGGAGGGGGAGUCCAGUGGGAGGAUAGGUUUGCUGGCGAGUAUGUGUGUAGGGAAGGGACAGCAAGAUCAGACAUGUAAGGAAUAAAUGAGGAUACGUCUGCCACCAGAAGUUGGAACUGGCAUGUCACAGAGGCAUUUCUACAUGCCAGUUCCAACUGGCCAUGGGGCUCCUCUGAGAUUUUACACUGGACGCAAGUGUGGCAACUAACAUUAAAGAAGUUGAGGAUAUGACGAAAAAGUUAACAUAUACUGUUUUUCAAUUUUGGUUUUUUUUCCCCCCUCUAAAAAGCACAUUCUUGAUAUUUAGACAUCACUUUUAACCCAUGUACUUGAACAGCGAGGCAGUCAUCCCUAAUGACACCUCUUAUAUUCCAGCUGUUUCAACCCAAACACAGCUAAUUGGGUCCUACUUAUUUCCCCUGCUUUAAACCUUGGGACCACACUUGCACACUAUUCUGUCACUACCAGAACCUUUUUUUUUUUGGCAAUAACAUUAAGUAAAGCUGCAGUUCUGCCAUAUUCACACAUGCUCUGGGGGACUACAGCUUGUAUAGUGCACUAAAAAUUAUGGAACUGUGACAGCAACCACAGUGCUGUCAGGAGAUUCACUGCUGAAGUCAGGCAAGUUACACUGAUACAGUCAGUCUGCCAGGGCUGAAGUCUGUGCUUCGUGUCUGACUUCAGUGUACUGGAAUAAAAACAGUAGGGUUGUGCAUGUUUAUCUGUAAGCAGCUGUGAGCAGAAUUUGGUAGGGAAACACCAAGAAGUUGGGUAAUUGCAAAGUUCCUUCAAGUUGUGUCUGUGAGAAGGAAAGUCCUCAUGCUGACAAGCCUCCUGUAAGUCAGUCACAAAUGGUGUGUGUCUCAGCUCACUGGUAACACAUAAGUGGCUGCUUCCCAAAGACAUCUUUCACCACAGUUUCAGAGGAAAUGAAUAAAAGCAUUGUCUUACCAUAAGGGUUUAACCGUGUGAAAGGAAUCACCCGAAGAGGUCCAGCUGAACAGCAGGGAUAAACAAAGCCUGUUUUGUAGGGGAGCAUGAACUGAAGGUGAGGUGGCAGUGGAGACCAGUCAGUGCCUGGGUAGGAAGAAGCUUUGAGGACAUGGCUGAGCCACUCACUGGACUGACUCGUGCACAGUGGCCUGCUUGCCAUGAGGCUGUGCAGGGCCCCGGGUGGGCCACGAUGGAAGGAGGCUGCAGCCAAAGGCCUCCUGCAGUCUGCUGGUCUGUGCUUUAACAGCUGGCCAAAUGCUGAGCCUGUCGUUUUUCUCUCCUAAAAAGAAAAAUAUAGGAGAAUGGAUUAAUUGAGAGCAACGAUACCUAGGGGAUCAAUAUCAGAUUUUCAGGUAACAGCCAGUGUAAGGCGCCAAUUACUGUGGCCAUGACACAGCAGCCUUUGUAAGCACGUGCCAUAAUGUCUCCAGUAUUAGCAUUCUGUCUCUGUACUUCAGAACUAGAAACAGAGCUAUUGAUACACAAGUCGUAAAUGCAGAACCACUUUUAAGUAACAAAAGUGUCUUUGGUUGAGGAAGAAAGCUCAGCACAGUGCAGACUGCAGACUGUGCCACAUAAGCUCAGCAUGUGGCUGAAUACCUGCAGAAAAUGAGAUUGCUAGUGAGGUGAUGCCCGGAGAUGUCCACCAGCUUAGCUUCAGUCUAUUGCAGUGUGGUUGGUUCAGAGAGCAGUGACACAAACUGCCCAGGCCCUGGCGUUAGUCCUCAGUCCUAUUUCCAAGAGCCACCUCAAUGAGCCUUCUAAAAGAGAAGAAAUACAGCUCAGCACUGUCAGUGUGUUUCUACUCUUUUAUUUCAAUACAUUUUCAUGGAGUCCCACAGAAUGGCAGGGGUUGGAAGGGACCUCUGAGACCAUUGCAUCCAACCCCCCUGAUAAAGCAGGUAAAAUAUAGCAGAGGAUGGUUGCCCAUCCCAUUUAUUUUAUUAAAAACAAGCUAAAAGAUGAGUCCCUGAUCCUGCUAUUACAAACACUCCACUGUGGUCAGUGUACAUGGGCACAGAAACCCUUCUUUUACAGGGGCAAAGACAGGAUCAGUGCCUUGUUAUAGACUUAUUUUAUAGCAGAGCAACAACCACACACAGGGUAGAAUUAAUUUGAUUUCUUAAACACAAAUAAGGUGAGAUCUGCACAAGAGCCCUGCACUGAAGGGAGACCAGGGACCUCCCAGUGCAUCAUAAAGCUCAAUGAAAUGCUGCAUGAAGUGGGGUCAGAGGGUAUUUCCCAAUGGGUAUGAAAUGAUAUUCCCCUGAAAUAGUGACCUUCCUGAGAAGUCUCAUGUCUGUCUGGCCCUGGACAGCUUCAGAUAGGGCCGUCUGCUGAAAAAACACAGCUCUGAUUGACUUAUCCGCUUUCUCUAAAGAGCCACUAUAUGCUUUAGGCUUUGAGGAGUCUUAAAGCUCAAGCUAGAUUUCUAUUCAGAAAAAAAAAAAAAAAGAGAAAAAAACCAAGGGAAAAUAAUACAUGUACAAUAGCUACGAGAGAAUAGUAUGAGAAAUGUCUUUAUUUUACCAUUUUCAAAUGGCUAUUUCAC